AUGUGUAGGGCAUUUCUCUUACUGCUGCUGGUGAUGCUACUCCUGCGUGGAAAUUGCGUAGGAAUCGAAAAUGACAUAUCUGUGAAGGGAAGUCUAACGGUGUCGAAUCUAAAAAUAUCAUCCAAAGAGAACAUGGAUAACGGAAUUGUAUUCAUGAAUAAAGAAGGAGAUUACAAGAUUGGAAUAAAUUCUCAGGGGACAUUUCUUAUAAGCAAGAAAAAUAAACCAAUAAUAAGUAUAGAUGAACAUGAGAACUUAAAUUUUUUAAAUCAAGAUUUGUCUGUGAAAUCAUUAAAUAUAGAUGGUAUUCUUAAAAUUCGAAAUGUAAAUCAAUUUCAAAUGAUUGUGCAUGAAAAUUUUAGCAGUAAUUCAAAUACCAAGGGAUGGUUAGGUGAUAAUUUUGAUAACUUCACAUCAGUGUGUGGAGGCAUAAAUUUAUUAGGUGGAUAUGGGAAAUUGUCAAAAGGCAAAAUUCAAAAAACGUUUGAAAAUAUACCAAGUCAUACACAAAUAAGAAUUAAAGCAAAUUUUCAUUUUAUUGACGAUUGGAAUUAUCAUACUGCAUAUUUGAAAGUCGGGAGGGAUCAUCAAGAGGAACUUUUUUAUGUUUGGACAGAUACACAUGCACAGAUAAGUCAAGAAAAUUCCAUAAAUAUUUGUGGAAAUACAACUGGAGAGUCUAAAUUCACGUCACUCAUUGAUGUUGUUAUACCACACAACUCCAGUGCAUUGCUUGUGCAGUUUGGCACCAGCAUUCAGAUCGAUGAUCCAAAAAGCAUAUCCUGGGGAAUCUCCAACUUUCAGCUCUUCAUUAUGUGA